AUUACAAGCAAAAUUGCGACUAGGUAGCGCAAGACACCGUCCAACUCAAAAUAUUAGUUCUGAUAUUUCUCUAUCGAUUUUAGCAAGCAAACAAAGCAAACAAUAAUCGAACGGGCGCACGGGAUUUAAAUGAUUUAAAAUUCAAAUAACAGAUAUCCAGACGGACGCGGAAGGAACAGUCGUGUCCGAACGAUGGCUCCCUUUUGUCUGGCGGUGUGGCUUGCCUGUGCAUGGAAUUCGGCGCGGGCUUCGCCCGAAACCGUGCCUUUCAGCUCGGCGGCGGCGGGCACGGCGGUGACCGAAGGCCGAUCCCACUACGAGGCCCUGGUCGCCCAAGGACCUCUCUACGGUCCCUGUUGGUUGUCGGCCGUGGCCAAUCUUCACCGCAGCUGCAAGCAGCUCACCGAAGAGACGCAGAGUCGCGUCGCCCUCGACUUCACCAACUGUUUCCUAAAGAACCUGGGCCUGAGCGGGUUCGACUGCCCUGCCGCGGAACCGCUGUCCCAAUGCAGUGCUCUGCGGAACAUGUCCGGCCACGUAGCCUUCUCGUCCUACUCGCAGUUCUUCACGCACACGCAGGUCAUCUGCCAGUUCCUGCAGAGCCAGCUGUGGCAGGCGCAGACCGAGAGAACUGUCAGCGUACUCGCGGAGACUAGCGUGCGGGUCAGCCGUGACAUGCAGCGGGCAGCCGAUGGCCAGGAACACCUGCUUCGACUUCAACGUGAUGCCCAGGAAGGGCAACGCCAGCUCCUGGCCAAUGGCAGGCUUCUAGGGGUGGAGCUUGCGCAGUCCCGCCGUCUGCUCACUGAGCAGCACUCUUUGCUAGGCGAGACGGCGGAGCAGCUCUACCGUGCGCACGCGUUCUUUGUGGGCCAGUUUGCAGCCGUCCAGUCGGUUGCGUACUACUUCAUGGCCGUGGUGCUGUCUCUGCUCCUGACGGUGCCCAAGAGGAUGGCAGACGCACGGUCGUGGCUGUUGCUCCUCUUUACGGCCAACGUGUGUGUCGAGAAGCUGCUUGCUGAUUGGAUGGUGGGCGAGGAGGCCACUCGCGCUGUCCCCCUGGCCUAUGACGGUCCCCUCAAGACGAAGAUAGCCUGGUGCCGCCGCGCCUUCUGCACGAUGGCGUUGGGGCUGUACGCCCGGUGUUGGUACAGCUACCAGGACUACAUGCAAGCCAACAACCUUCUCCUGCUAAAUCUACAGAAAGAUUUGCGAUGCCUUCAGGAGCAAAUGCACCUGACCGCCAGGCGUGAAACAACUCGAGAAACUGCCAACUCCAGCUCGGAUGAAGAGACGUCCUCAGAGAGCGAGUAUGACUCUGACCUGGACAACACCUAUACGUGCCCCGAGGCACCAGACGACGCGUGGCCACUUUCCCCGUGGGACGGACAACGGGACUGCUUGGGCGUCUUUCCGAGUGCAACUCCGACCCUCGCGAAAACCCGGACUCCGGAGGAGCCUGUAGCGCGGACUACUUCGACGCCGGUCCGCUAUAACCUCCGACCUCGAAGACCGUCGUCUGUCGCCAACGGAUCUCUGCUGCGUGCCGAGACUCCAGCCCAGUUUGCCAGCAAAGUUCACGGGCUCUCGAAACUCAGCCGGCAGCUCGGAGUUAUGUCCUCCGACGAGGACUGAGGCUUCGGCGGCUCUUCUGCGGUGACCUUGACAGGUGCUCAAGGUCACGUGGCAUGUCUGCAAGGUCACUUUUGCGUAUCCUCAGCAAUUCUAGGGAUGGGAGUGACCCAAGUGACCUUCAAGUAGUACACGUUUUGUUGGGGGGUGGCUGGUAACGUGCCAUGACCCACUUUAUGGAAUGGCAAUACUAUCAAAUAUGAUAGUAUGAUAGAUGAUGAUAGAUGACUAUACUAUCAUAUGAUAGUAUCAUAUGAUAGUAUAGUCAGUGACAAUUGAUUAAUUUUGAUCUCCUUAUUUUACUUUUUAUGCGACUAUAGCCGGUGACAAGUCAAGAACGAAGUGGAAGCUCCUCCCACCCUUUUCCACUUCAGCGGAGCGAACGGUGCAGAGGAGGUCGCCUCCUCUCCAGCAUUCGCUCUACUUAAGUGGAAAGGGGUGGAAGGAGCUUCCACUUGGUUCUUGACUUGUCACCGGCUAUAGUAGAUGAGCACAAUUUUAGAAACCAGCAUAAACUAAAUAAUUCAUUGUAAUAUCAUUUCUCACAAAAUUUUCUUAGAGUACACUUGGUUCUGUACUGCUAUGCACAUGGUCAUUCCCUGCAACUGGUGGUACGCUAUAAACCAAGAGAAAACCGUACUACCAUGGCCAGUUAAAGCAAGGGAUGCUGCUCAAACAGUCAGUGCAUUGCUCUUUUGUUUAUUUAUUUUUUAGGUGUAUUUAUAGUUUGGCUAAUAAAAACUUCAAAGUCA